GCAGUGACAGCAUCAGUAGUAGAGAUCGGGUCAGACUCGCCAAUUAAGGGUCUAGAUCCAUUAGUGUCAGAAGUAUGCGGGCGGCCCCUUGAGAGGGUUCCCAUAGUUCGUAUAUAUGGACCCUGGGGCACGGGGGGUCCUCAAUGUUGCCUCCACUUGCAUGGCCUAUUUCCAUACUUUUAUGUCCCGGCCCCCCCAGAGGCAUAUGGAGAGGGGGCUUCUGGAUUUCUUCGUCGCUUUGCUCGGUGUCUAGUGUUGCAGGCAGACUUCCUCCUGGCCUCGAAGGCAGGAGGUGCCAGGCACCCUGGCUGUCGAAAGGGGGCUUCUAUACGUGGCAUUGGGGUCCCCAAGCCUGGAGAUCCAGUUGGCUGGGAUGGGAUAGGAAAGAGUAAAGGGGCGCCCAAGGGGGGCCCGCUUGUGUAUAGGAUCGAGGUAGUAAGGCCUACUCCCUUUUACGGGUAUCACAGGGAGCUUUAUGCCUUCCUGAAAAUAUACUUGACUGCACCGGAUAUGGUGGGACCCCUCGCUGGGCUGCUUCUGCAAGGAGCUGUCACAGGGAGUCCUCUGCAGCCCUACGAGGUUCACCUAAACUUCCAAACUCAGGUUUUCGCCGAUUUGCAUUUAAGGGGGAUGUCCCCGGUAUUUGUGCAGAAGCCCUAUUUCCGGACUCCGGUUCUCCUUGACCCUCUUAUUGCCGCAGGGGUUCAUAAGGGACCCCACAGUUCUCCUCUCAAGGCUCAUUGCGGGGGCCCUUACUACAGAGGACACCUGAGAAUCUCCAGGGAGGGAGAGAAGGGGCCCUUAGGCCACAGUACAGUCCAAGGCGUGCAUCGUCAUUCUGUUUUGGGUAUGCUCGGGGAGGGGGCUGUUAGGACCUUUACUGCUUUAGGCUGGGGGCAACUGCUGCACCAGAUAAGUCAGGUGGAGCAGGCAAGUGCAGCAGCAACAGCAGCACCACACAGUGCAACCGAUGAACAAGGAAAAGCACACAGCAGCAAGAUUGAGAAUCCUACUGGCCUGUUAUGCGAAAAGAUCCUACAAGCCCUGCCCCCUGAAGGACCUGAAGGCUUGCGACUGCUGAAGGUCCCCCGAUAUAGCAAGUGCAUGAUAGAAGUGGACGCACGGAUGGAUCAGGUUUUGAACCCUAUUGUUGCCGCUGAAAAAGCGAAGUCAACAGCAGCAGUAUCAGCAGCCGUAGAGCAGCAGCGGUCUGGUCGCAUGGAGAACGAAUCGCCGAGUCCAAUCUCAGUAGGUACACCCAGCAGCAUUGCUAGUGCCAACGUGUUUUUAGCUCAAUUGGUAGGCAGUGUUGCCGAUUACUGGAGAGAAGAAACAGCAAGGGCAUCUGCGUGGGGAUUGCCGCCUCCAUCUGCAAAUGGUUCGGGGUCUCAGGAAGGCCUUCGGGACCCCCAAGGAGCUCCCGCUCCUGAAUUAUGGAGAACAGCACUCGAAAAUAUCAUUAGGCGAGUUCACGAAUGGCAAGAGCGGCAGCAAGACGGUGGGAAACCAUUUCCACUGCAAGGUAUCACCUGUCAGAGUCAUUUAGAACAGAAGCAACAGGAGCAGCGCCGCUCACGAGACAUUGACUAUUCUCUGCUGAAGACAUGGGAGGCAUCGGAGCUGUCAGAGACUUCAGAUUCCGACUCCGCGUCCAUCGGAAGGAGCCCAAGAUAUCCAAGGGCAUGUGUAGCUCCAAAGCCUCCCGAAGAGGAUUCCCAAGUUGCAGGCGAGGGGACCCCACAUUGGCAAGAGAAGGUGACCUUGGAUCCGCUUAUGUCGUCAAAAGGACGGCCACUUGUUCAUGGGCUCUGCAGUAGCCAAGAUUCAGUGGAGGCUGCACGGCUGCUAGUUCAAGCGACGCCUCCUUCCCAAAGGCCCCCUGUCGGCAUAGUGCCGCCUGCAGAGCUUCCACUUGAGGCCACUGAUGACCUUCUCGGCAUCGAGGUACGCAGCAGAAGCGCUUUUGGAGCACCAGAGGCAGCAGCAAGUAUAGCGAAAAUGGGGACAAUGCAGAUAUACUACGUGCAUGACGACCUUAAAGACGAGGAAUUUUCUUUGCUUCUUGCAUCCCAUGGCACUGUGACUCACAGUGACGUAGAUAACCCUAUGCGAGCACCUGGCCUUGGGGAGAUUCCCGAUGCAAAUUCAGUAGAGCGGCAAGUUGCUUCUGAUGAAAGCAGCGCAGACUCCAGCAACAGCAGAAGCCCCAUCACGUCAAAGAAGCAAGAGGGCCCGCGGAAAGUGUUUUGUGCUUUUAAUCGGAAAAGGGGUUCCACAGCCGAGCCGAGGUAUAGUAUUGGCAGUUGUGCGCAGUGCAGAAGCUGCAUGUGUAGGUGCUGUGCACCGUGCAAUAAGGGCAAGCAAUGUGUAUCAGAUAUGGAGGAUAUUCUGCAGGUGUGCGAUACAACGAAAUCCAAUACUGAGGAUCACCCAUUGUUACCUUUCCUUCGGGACAAUCCCUCUAGAAGAAGCAGCACAUGUGAAGUAACAUCCCUCGAGGGGCAUAGUAAAUUGCCUGACAGUGGAUUGUCUGAGAACCGAGCCUCUCGCUUUCCCGCCAAAACCCUCCAAAAUAUUAGGACAACAGCAAUAACAAUGCGGGUACCACCAAUAACGGCAGUACCAGCAGCUUUGCCGGGAGCAGUAGCAGCAGAGUCGGCGGGCGGAUUCGAUGCACCAACAGACAGCUCAUCAUAUGCCCCAACUGUACGGUUGGAGGGCUCAUCAUCCUGCGAUGACCUCUCCCCUACCCAGUCCAUAGGCGAAUCACCCUGUCGCCGCCAACCGUGUUCAGGGAUCGCUGUGCGCUCCCCAACAGCAAACACAGCAAGCGCAGCACAGGCGGUAACUGGAGCGGCCGAAGAGCAUGCCCCAGCAGCUCAUCCCCAUGGCAGACCGUGUGGCACAGCCAGCAGCAGCGGCAGUAGCAAGACGUCAACACCAGUAUCUAGGCGAUGCACGGUAGUCAAGGGGUCUGGUUCAUCCCAAUCCAGUAACUCGGUGGUUUCUAUCUCUCCACCGCCUGACGCUUGCACGUGCAUAAACAAAGCGGUAGCCCUCACAAAAGAAGAAAUGCUUCCGUUCUACAGCGACCCGCGCGACGUCCCCGCUGCAACAAACCCUCUGAGAGCAACGCCAGGUGGUCGCCUGCAGCAGAAACUGCUUCACUGCGGGUUUGUUCCGCCGCCUUGUACAUGCCGCAAGCAUUUAGUGGCACUACCAGCGGCAAAAACAUGGCCAAUUGUACCUGUAGGACAGGGAGAGUGUAAGCCGGAGCUGAGGCGCCUUUUACGGCAGCAGCAGCGAGUGCAACAACGUCAGCAGCCACAGGAACACACGGGAAUUCAGCAGCACGGGGGCAGCAACUGGGAGUGCUUCGUGUAUUUCCAGCCGCCGCCAGACAUGGCCCAAGUUUAUGCGACUUGCCCGUCAAAGGUGAGGCGCAAGUGGCACAGAACGGAGCGGCAGGGCCAUUAUGAGCACUUACAACCACCACUGGGUCAACAAAAGCAAGAACAUUUACCGCAGUGCAAUGCUGAUGCAGAGGCCAGGUGUCUUGAUGCUAUCCAGGCCAUCGACAAGACCAACGGAAACGGUAAAGGGGAGGCGUUAUUUCUGCAGGAGGAACAAAUACAGGAGCAGCACGACCACACGAGGCAAAAGGCGAAUGAGCAGCACACAAUGCCUCAGAUGCAGGAUGCAAGCAUACGGCUGGAACAAGAAAUAGCUUGUAGCAGCAGGAAUCCCAUUGGUAGCAGCAACAAGAGAAUGAGUGAAAGCAAACUUAAAAUGCAGGUGUCAACACGCUUGGACAACCACGGGCGUAUCGUAGGCUAUGUGGCUCCAGUUCAGCAGGAAAAGCAGCAGGCGCCAUCACGUGAGCCUGCGAAUACCUCCCAAAGCAGCAACAGCAGCAGCCAACAUGAGCGCACCUCGCAAGUAAGUCUUGCGUCUGAUGUACGUCGGGCGAAGAAGGGGCUCUUUGCGCAGCAGACACCAGAGUCAAAACUCACCGAUGAAGUCCCAGGAGCGUUUCAGACUGCGAGCUAUGGAACUCUUUUAGCGCUCGAGGUCAUCGCGGAGUGCCGUCCUGCAGCAGCGACGGAAGCAGCAGCAGCAGCAGCAACACCUAAUCCUGGCACUUGCUCCGUGCUAGCCAUUUGCUUCAUAUUAAGAGAUGAACGACUGAAACUGUGCACAGAAAGGAUGCAACAGCAAGUGUUGUACUCUGAUGUUAAUGGUGUAAUAAUAUUUGACUCCCAGGAGCCCUCUGGGCCUCCUCGCUGGUGUCCCCCCUGCCCCGAAAACUCACCAGGGGGGUUACAAGAGCAUAUUUUCCUUGGUAGUAUCGAUAGCUACUUUGACAGCAGGUGGUGGCGCUGUAUAGUUAGCAGCGAAAAGGAGUUGCUGCUGCAGUUUUGCGGUCUUAUUGCAGCAGCAGAUCCUUCUCUGCUGCUGCAGUGGGAGGAUGGUGGUCGGGGACUUGCGUUCUUACGAAAGCGCGCGGACGCCCUUGGCCUUGGGCAGCUUUUCAGGCGGAGAUGCAGCAGACGGUCAGGCGAGAGGAGCUCCAGGGCACACGCUACAGGCAGCAAUCUUAAGCCUACUGACUCUGGCAUAAAACAAUCUAGGAACGCAUACACACCUACCGCGUUCCCAUCUGUGGUUCCUGUGGCUUCUGGAGGAACCAACAUGCGAAAGCGAAGAUAUUGGAUGCGCGGGAGCUCUGCCAUCCCUGGGCGACUGGUGCUUGAGGGCUGGCGAUUGCUUCAGAAGGAGGUAAAGCUGCAACAUUCCGACCUUUGUGGUACCGCAGGUGAGGUGUUGGGGCUCCUUUUACCAUCCAUUCCACAGGCGAUCGUUGCGGCAGUUUGGGAGCAGGCACAGCAAAAACGGAGACGCAGAGCUUUACAGAACCCACAGGAGCAGCAGCAACAGCAGCAGCGGGAGCAGGACGAGUUGUGGGCGCUGAAGUCAAUCGCCGAGCUGUUGGCAUACGUUAUGAAGAGGGUAUCCCUGGGCCUCCGGCUUGUUGACAGCUGUGAAGUUUUGCCACGCACAAGUGAACUUGCGCGGCUGUACGGCUGCUGCCUUCACUCUGCCCUAACGCGCGGCAGUCACACUAUUGAGGGGGCAAAGUCUAGCGUAUGUGCGCAGGUGGACCCGGUAGAGUCAGAAACGAAGACAUUGGGAGUAUUGACGGUACAUGCACCCCCAGAUGUUUUUGCCUGGGUCAUUAAGGCGCAUGCCGAAGCAAUGGCAACGAGAAGCUCCCCUGGGUCAAGCGUGUGGGCCCAGCGGAACGAUGCGAUGCGAGUGCUGCCUGGGGGAAGCAUUUUUGUGUCUCCUCAUGUGCGGCAGGGUAUCCUACCAGCCAUCUUAAAUGACAUUCUCCAGACGCGGGUGAUGGUCAAGCAGGCAUCCAAAAGAUAUCAAGGCAAUGGGCAGGCAGAUGAAGCGUUGUUAAGGAAACUGGAUUACAGGCAGUUUGGUCUUAAGAUGAUUGCCAACGUAACUUACGGGUAUACUAACGCGAACGUCAGCGGCAGAAUGCCUUGUUCAGACGUCGCGGAUGCCAUUGUCGAAACUGCGAAGGCCACUUUGAUCCGUGCAAUGCAACUUAUUGAACAGACACAGAAGUGGGGUGCCCGAGUUUUGUACGGGGACACGGACUCGAUGUUCGUUUUGUUGAAGGACAGAUCCCUUGAAGCCGCAUUCAGCAUUGGCAGGGAAAUCGCCGACGCUGUCACAAGGAGCAACCCAGCACCGAUUACGCUUCAGCUGGAAAAGGUUUAUCUGCCAUGUUGUCUUGUCACAAAGAAGCGAUACGUUGGAAACGCAUAUUUCUCGCCUUCAGGCCCACCGAUAUUUGACGCUAAGGGCAUUGAGACUAUCCGCCGCGAUCAGUGUCCUCUUACAUCGGCCAUUCUGGAAAAAAGCCUUCGCCUCUUUUUCGAAACGCGAGAUCUCUCAAAAGUAAAGCAAAUGUUGUACAGACAGUGGAGCAAAAUGCUACGGAGUCAGAUACCCAUAAGGCAUUACAUUUUCCACAGAAAGGCUAAGCUCGGGACCUACCGAGCAGAGACAGGUGACGCCCCUGCGGGGACACUUCCUCCCCAAGCCAAAGUGUUGUAUGAGCGCUUGUAUCACCAGCGAGACUACAACGGAGAAGCCUCAGCUUCUUACGGCAUAAGGGUUCCCUUCGUAUUUUCCCAUGUUGCGGGGGACACAGAUGUACCUUUUGGUGCCUCGGGUGCUUUGGCCCGAGGAGCCGGCGUUCGGCUGGUGGACUGCGCGACCUCCCCCGAUAACGUUUACGGUGGGCGGAGAGACCAUAAAGAGAUGCAGCAGCUGUUGAGCGGAUGGGUACACCCUUCGUUAAGGCCGCUAUCGCUGGUGCUGACACCAGAAGAGCAUCUGCCCCAUCGGCAGCAGCAGCAAGAGGAUCAGCAUCCAGUGGCACAAGUACAUCAUCGAUAUUACAUUACCAGGCAGAUUAUUCCUGCACUUGACAGGGUUUUUUCUCUUCUCCCCCCUCCGGCAUCUGCAGACUUGCUGCAGUGGUUCAGGGCAAUGCCAAAGCCAGUUCAGCGCUUGACUGCACAGGCAGCUGGCCACACACCCAUGCGCCGACACCAACUGCAACGGCAAAAGGGGAAGCACUUUCUUCUGAAGCAACUUGGCAUAAGAUCUAUAACAGCUGAAGGAACACGGGAAAGGCUGGUGCUACAGAAGUUCUUUGCUGCUACCUCUUGCCUUUUUUGUGGGGGCAGAUGCAAAGAGUUGGAUUCUGAACUUUUAGCUGCUUCCUCCGAAAGUGCGUACAAUACCAGAAGCUCAGAAUGGCAUAGAUCCGCUUGUUCCAACGUGGAAGAGCCUCAGGAGAUAGCCAUUCGUAAGAACUUCGUGCAGCAGCUCCAAAAUGCUUCUUUUGGCAUCAGUAGCAGCGGUGAGAACGAGAUAGGGGAUUCUCAGACGCUAAGAACAUCGAGGAGGCUAAAAGAAGGAUAUGCAGGCUUGACGCAGAGAGAAAGGGUCUUAGUUCUGCCCCCUAUCUGCGAAGGUUGCAGCAACAGUCCUGCAUUGAUAUGCGUGUGGAUGCACCAGCGGCUCAACAAAAUUGAAAGAAGAUUGGCAGUAGCAGCAGACUUCUGCAGGCAGUGUGCAGGGUCUCGCCUCUGUGCGGACAGUUGUCUGCAAGCUUGGCACUGCGACGUGUACUUCAGGCGAAGCACAGAAGCAGAUAAACUACGGGCUCUACAGCGUCAAAUGCAAAGUCUCGGAUUGAAGUACAAUAGAAUCGGUCUUACUUCUGACGCUUAUAGCUCAAAGUUUUCUCGUCGAUCACGAUUUGUUCAGCGUGCCUUGCAGGGGCAGCUACGAAGCCCUCCACUAAAUCUCCUACAGCUCGAGGACCCCCUUCUUGCAGUAGCCCUUCCAGUAGGGGGUCACGAAGACGGACACUCCCGGCUUAAAUAUGGUGGUACCCAAGGGUCUCUGGUAGCUCCGAAUGCCGGCAAUGGCAGCACAGUAUUAGCGAUGCUAGAAAGCUUACUCGUUCGGGGCCUGUGGUUAACGGUUAGUAUACAAGCGGGGUCACCUGAUGGUCCUUCCAUGGGCCUCCAGCCAAUUGGAGCUGUUUUGUACCUACCGUUCGUUCGGGAAGGCCGAGUGCACCCAAAGUUGCAGGUACACAUUGGCUCUAGAGAGCUGAAGGAGUGGGAUCAUCAGUUCGAGGUCAAUUUAUCCGUCUCUACAGUAUCAUUCUGCUCAAACUGUUGGAGCUCGAGCCUCGGGGGCCUACCAGAAGAGACUGUACAACACAAAAAUCCAGAGGGGGCUCUACAAGGAGGCAAUGAUGAGUCGCACAGCGCAAUGGCUGAGACCAAAGCAGCUGAAUGUUCUAGUGUGAGACUCAUAUCUGCAUGUGGUUCUCUUAUCUGCUUCGUGGGGGGUCCUCAUAUGCCACUGGAGAAUCAAGUCACCCACGACGUUCUACGGAUUUUUAGGGCAUUCGAGUUCGACACAAGCCGGCUAUAUGGGUUCCUUAGUGCUGCUAUCAAGAGCGAUUCCAGCCCGAGUCCCCUGGGCUAUCUCCUAGAAUCCUUGCCCCUUUUCGCCUUAAGUUCUCCGCUCCAGAGGCAUUUUUCUUUUUGGCACACGAACUGCAGGAACUUUGUUGCCGCUCGAAAAUCGCCUUUUGUUGAAAACAGAGACUGUUCUACAGCACCAGCAGCAACACACUUGAGGUUUAAAAAAACGGCCAUAGAAUAUGAUGGCUAUUCUUGGCAUUGUCAAGGAGCUAGUGACCCAGCUCGACCUUGGCCCAGUGCCCUCGCAUGCAGCUGGAUCACCCAUAUAGCCAUCCAUGCAGAUGGAGUCAGGGAACGCCAUGCACUGCUGUGCGCCUUUCGACGGGUUCUACUUGAUAUAAACGAGAAAAGCUCUGGAAUGACAUCAGCUCUCGAACGUCCAAGCAAGGAGGCAACUGUUGGUCUUGAAAGUACUAUCCCCUCUGAAACAACUAUUGUCGGUGCUUCUUUUUGCGGAGACGGCUCAGACCGUUGCUCGAACCAGAGGAAAAGGCCCCUCAACCCGAAUGCAGCUCCCUUCGUCCCUCGAGCUUCUGCACAAUCUACAGCAGCUACGAAUGUGUCAGCUGUGUUGCAUGAUGCCCAAACCCUCUAUGGCGCUCCGCUGCAGCCAAGAGCGUCAGCAACAGCAGUAGAUCAUGUGGGAGAAGCCACAACAGCAGGGAUACCCCUGUAUAACCAUGGAGUCAAAGAACAUUUGAUUGGCUUGACACAGUUUCAGAGCAGUCUGAUUCCAGCCUCAACGCACAAUAAGUUUGAGGCUGACAUCUACAGAGAGAUGCACCCCUCCAUUGAAUCGUUCUCCUCAACUCUCAACCGAAGUUCCUAUCUGACUGAGCCCCCAGGAAGACUUUGGUCACCUUCAGGCUAUACGCCCAGGGAGGGCAACAUGGCAAGGCCCCAUAGGCAGAAGAUCUGCAGAGAUAUACUGGGGGACCGGCCACCCCAUUUGACUGCUCCAAGACCUGAGAAAUCCUGGGAGGCAGGAUUAAGUGCGACGUUAAACACCUGUCAGUACACCCCAAUGUCUCUCGUUGCAUUACGACGAUACUCACUCCUGAGACAGCCAAUCUGUAAGACGCUAGGCUUCGUUUUACACCAAAAGGACAUGCAACGAAGACCGGAGAGUUUGCCCCCCUUGCUGCGCUCCCUCCCUUUUGGUCCUCCUUUUAGAGUGCCCAGUACAGCUACAAAAAGCUCUGGCGGAUUAGCUCCAGUGCCCGCUCCCUAUUACACGCGAGGGCCUCAAAAGUUACACGCACUUCGGGUCCCACCGCUCCUUUCUGCGCGUGAGACUCUCUUCCAGAGCUGCCGAGGACACCAGCCGCAGAUGCAUAUACCACUACCAUCUGGCUGCGCUUGUGACUUUUGGACGACCUGGGAGGCUUUGUCUAGCCUACAAUCCUUUUUGCCAAGCCGCAAGGCGAUAACUGCUCCGCCCCUUCUCCCCAACCCAAAGGGAGCCACCACAUCGACGUUUCCCUUACCAAAACAUGACACCUGGGUACUAUCUAAUAAUAUUUCGGCGCCUUUCGGUGAGGCAUACUCUUAUGGACGGUGCUCACAAACCUGUGCUCUCUAG